AUGGAUACAACUGUCUUGCAUCGGACAACCAGGCCUCAGUUUUUGCUCUCGCGCAUGCCCUUCCUUCGCAGCCCCUGCUUCCUUCUUCUCCACUUUUCCAGCUCCCUGCGGCCACCUUCGGCCUUUUCGAUCACGGCUCAAGUACCACUGUUGGUGUCCGAGGGAGAAAACGGUUAUGCGAGACUGGAUGGCCAUCUCUGGUGUCACGGUGUGCGCAAACGCGUCCAUACUCGUUUCCUUCCAAAGCGACAGUAUCUUGGGCAACACGCGUACUCUCUCGCUCAGGCAUCAGGCAUCAUGUAUGCCGCUACAAAUCAUCUCUCGCUCGUUACCUUUCCUCGGUCUACAACCCCAUAUCAUACUUCAUAUUUCCUUUCCCCUCCAGACAGCCACUUUUUGGCCGCUCGCGUCUUCACCGUUCUGCUUUCCCUCCACUCCACACUGUCUAUAUUUCAAUCUUGCGUAUGCUAUUGA